AAAAAGAAAAAAGUGGGCCCAAUUGAUCAUCUGGAGAGAAGCCCGGCCCAUAGUAUUCGCUUUAAAUAUGAAGGUUAACUUAGGUGUGGACACGAAACAUUCUUGUUGAUCUAUAAUUAGGGUUUCUAUUAGUGAUCGCUUUUCAGAAUGGCCGGGGGCGGAAAUUUCAUUCACAGGGUGCUUUCUUAUGUCGCUAACGAGCUCAUCGUAAAUGGACUUGCCAACAGCCCAAGAUUCCAGAGAUUUGCAGUGAGGACAUCAAGGAAGAUGGAUGAAUUAUCUGAGAUUGCUGCUCAGAAGAAGAAAGAGUUGGCCGAGCAAGUGAAGGAUGCAUCGAAGAACUUUGGGUCCAAGAACCAGUAGUGGUCGAUGGUUGCUGCUGCCGAAACGGUAUGGGAGUUGUUGUAUAGUGGCAUUAGAUCCUGGUGAGGAAAAUGUAGGUGAUAAUUGUUCUUCGUCUAAACAAGAUGAAGGUUGAUUAUGAAACAUGGCCUUGAAGGUUUAUUUGUAGUAGAUAAUAAUGUAUUUGGCACUUGUGAUGGUGUAGCCUAUUUGUUUGGCGAUGAGUGUGUAACGUUUACCUUCCCCUAUAUGGGUCUUAUUGGUAUAUCGGUUACCCUCACAA